UUUAAGUCGUCGCAGCAAAUACGCUACUGGUUCGCCCAUGAUGCGCAUGCGCAGAAACUGCAUCGUCGUUGGCGAUUGUCAUACAGAACACACAUCGCGUUUCACGCUUUUGCCGCAUGCAUGGAGUCGUGUGCCUGUGUCGUCUGCGUGUUUUUUGUCGUGCAUCAUCACCUUCAUCGGUUUUGGCGGCAUUUGGCGGCAAGAAUCAGGCGAAAAGGUUGGACUUUGUAUUUCAAAUUUUUAUUGCUGUUAAGUGCUCUUCGUUCCAUCUCCUAUUGUGAAAUACGGAAGGAGACGAGAAUCAAGCGGAUUGAAUUGAACUAAAGGAGCGUGAUCAGAAAACUUGUUCGGUACGAGCACGUGCAAAGAUGGGUAGCGAGGAUUCUUCGACGAAAGGGUCUUUUCGAAAAUUGUUCAAAGAUCUGGGCUACAACGUCGAAAAUAAUGCCGUCCUCGAUAAAUGUGUUGAACUUUGUGAGAGUUAUGUGGACCUGGACAUGGAAUUGCUUAUGGAAUUGUGGGUCAAUUUUUGCGUCGAUAGUAACUUGGAUAUCAACCCUACCAUUGGCAACUUGAACGAGAUGGAGCAAAAGGUAUUGAUGGUGAAUUACACAGCUGUGGAGAAGACAAAACGAGAACGAGAUACAAUGGAAAAGCAAUACAAAUGUGAAGAUGCAUUCUCAGUCACAAUUCCAGACGAUGUACUCAGCAUCUAUGGCUGCGCUGAAACUGGACCAUCGUUGAAGCGUUCGAAGAUCAGUCUUGAGGUAGAAAUCAACACGGAUGCACAGGCUAGUGAAGCAAGAGCUGUGGAAAAUGCGUUUUCAUCAACCAUUCACGUCGAGAAUUCAAGCGUUCCAAGUCAGCUUAAUACAACGAACAAGGAGAAGAUCUUAUUCUCUUUUGGUGAAAUCGUCACGUCUUGGAAGAGGACAGGCGAUUACGAUGUCGAAGUUACAAAGGCUAGUGAACAAACUCACAUAUCUAGUGACGCAAGAUACAUGUACGAGAAACUUUCGACGGAGGGACAAAGUCUCACGUUCGUGUGCCAAACUUUAGGCAGCAAACUGUUCGACACUUGGCGUAAAAUAACGACGACCAGCGAGCUGCGUUACGUGAAAAACGUACGGAGUGUGAGUCAGACGAACUUUCGGACAUUUGGUCGCAUCAGUACAAACAAGGGAGUCGCGAACACGGUGAUACUGGAAGGUAGCACAAGGCAGAAAGGCGCCUGGUCGGCUCCCUCGAUCGCGCUAGACUUCCGCGAUGUGGAACAGUACUCAGUGUUUUCUGGUCAGAUCGUUGCGGUUGAAGCCAUCAAUCCAGUAGGCGACGUGUUAUACGUAAAGGAGCUAUUCACGACAUCGUAUGCACCGUAUCCAUCAAUACCGAUGAUCAAAUCGAGAAUCAACAUCUUCGUGGCGGCUGGUCCGUUCACUGCAUUCAACAAUAUGAACUAUCAACCAUUGUGGGAUUUGAUGGAGAAAGUUGCAUCGGAUGAACCGCAACUCUUGAUACUUAUUGGACCACUUCUCGAAUACACGCAUCCCGAUAUACAGAACAAUACCAGUAACGACACGUAUCGGGAACAAUACGAAACGAUUCUCACGAAAAUAAUGAAGAUGACGCGGAACAGAACACAAGUUGUUGUGGUAGUUUCUAACCGCGACGCACAAAACGAACCCGUAUAUCCAACCCAUGCAUAUACAAUUAAAGAUCGGAAGUUACUUAAUUAUUCAAACUUAAAGGUGAUGCCAGAUCCUUGCAUAUUGGAUGUUGAAAGUUUGAAGAUUGGGAUCACGUCGGUCGACGUCGUCAAACAUAUUGGGAGAGAAGAAAUAUCCAACGUGUCAGGUGAUAGACUUCGUCGUUUGGCUAACCACGUGCUUUCCCAAGGUUCUUUCUAUCCAGUGUAUCCUCCAGACGAGGAUCUGAAUGUGGACAGGGAGUUGUGGGAGCAGCACACGUUUUUCAACCAACAACCGCAUUUGUUGAUUUUACCAUCUGACAUGCGAUGUUUUUGCAAAACGAUCAACGAAUGCAUGGUUCUGAAUCCGGAACGCAUGCACAAAAAUACUUACGCCAGGUUGAGUGUGAAAUCGAACGUCAGCAAUGUAUGGAGUCCUAAUAAUAUCUCAUGCGAGAUCGUCAAAGUCUGAUAGCUUUAAGUGUUAAUAACUAAGUCGGACGAAUAUCGGAUUUAAAUAUCAUCCAAAGAAAGGUAUUAAAUGAAUAUGUAAAAGUUUUUAUAUAACAGUAUCUAGCUCGUACGUUUUUAAGAAACAAUUACAUUUCUAAAAAUAAAAAAAACUAUAAAAUUAAGAACUAAGAUUAUAUUUAGUUUUAUUUAAUUUAAUUUAAUUUUCUUUAGUUUAAUUUAGUUUUAUUAGAUUAUAUGAUACUUAAUAAAAUCCGCAAUUU